CGCCAUUUUGGGUUGUGACUGAGGGCCGAUCGGAGCUGAAGGGGGGGGGGGAAGAGAGAGAGAGAGACUGCUCCCUGAUAAUUCAAUAGAGAGCUCCAGAUAGAGAAAUAUUACCUCGGAGAGCCUUGAGAAGAAAAUAACAAGCAAUACAAAAAAAAAGAUUCAGCUGACCGGGGGUUGAAAAGUGAGAUGUCAACCAUGAAUCCCGAGUAUGACUAUUUAUUCAAGCUGCUGCUGAUCGGAGACUCUGGUGUUGGGAAAUCUUGUCUCCUCCUUAGAUUUGCAGAUGAUACAUACACAGAAAGUUAUAUCAGUACAAUUGGUGUGGACUUCAAAAUCAGAACCAUAGAGUUAGAUGGCAAGACUAUCAAACUUCAAAUCUGGGACACAGCUGGUCAGGAAAGGUUCCGAACAAUCACGUCCAGUUAUUACAGAGGAGCACAUGGCAUCAUAGUUGUGUAUGAUGUUACAGAUCAGGAGUCAUUCAACAAUGUAAAACAGUGGCUCCAGGAGAUAGAUCGUUAUGCCAGUGAAAAUGUUAACAAAUUAUUGGUAGGGAACAAAUGUGACCUGACAACAAAGAAAGUGGUGGACUAUACAACAGCAAAGGAAUUUGCAGAUUCCCUUGGGAUUCCAUUUUUGGAAACCAGUGCAAAGAAUGCAACAAAUGUAGAACAAGCCUUCAUGACAAUGGCUGCUGAGAUUAAAAAGCGAAUGGGUCCUGGAGCUACAUCUGGUGGUUCUGAAAAGUCAAAUGUAAAUAUACAGAGCACACCAGUGAAGCCGUCCAGUGGGGGUUGCUGCUAAGAGUUUUCACAUUCUCCUAAUAAAUUUGAUUUAAUAGGCCCAAAAGUAAGAAACGUUGCCUGAAUUGUACUGUAUGUAGCCACACUACUACAGACUUGCCCCUUUCCUGCUCCCUUCCAGACACAAUCGGGGACUAAAAAGCCACUAUUGGCUGGGAUUUCCAACUUAAGACUAACUUCAUUUUCAGAAUGGUUUUAAACUUUAAAGCGUGCAGGUCAUUAAUAAUGUGCAUAAAUCUCAUACCUGUUAUCAGAUUUUCCUGCGGUCGGUUUAUUAUAAAAAAAUGAUUUUGUUUAUAAUGGCAUGUUUUAAAUGUCAACAUUGGAUCUCCUCUGAAGAUGAAGUUUAGCCAUUUUGCAUCAAGCAGCACAAGUGUUUGUCAUGUUCAUUGACAUCAAUAAAGUUUAGUGAAAUGUUA